CGAGUAGCACACAGCACAGAUCCCACAGAUUUACAUGUGCUGUCGUUGAAAUCAUUCGUUUUGUGUCUCUGCAAUAUUCUAUGAAAAAAUAUUCUUUCUGAAUUGAUGCAAAGACACCGGGCAUCUGUAUUCAAAUAAUUGCUCUAUUGCAUACCGGUGCCAUACUUUGCAAUACCUGUCUGGCGCCUUUUUUAUGGCGGUGGAAAAGAACAUCCGGAGCACAUUUUUUUCAAAACCAAGCCGACAAAAUAAAUCCAAUCGACCAUGGAACUACUGAAUGCAAAUCAAAGCAGCAUCUCCCCGGAAAAGGAUUUGCGGCGUUCUCGCAACCACAACUCCAAUGGCACGAUUUCAAAUCACGACUCGAAGGAUCCCAACCUUUACAAACCAAAGCGUCGGCAACGGCCGUCGAUCAUGGAUCGGAUACUAAAAGCUUGUUUGACAAUCGAAAGCGGGAAAGGUAGCAUAUGGCGGGGUGGGUUGGGAAAUGCGGUGUAUCUCCGCAUCAAGCUCUGUAAUAGGAUAGGAACCUACGGGCCUUCGGCAUCCAGAGACAACCUACAAGACGCUCUUGAACUUUUGCAUCCUGCAAUACAGCUGCAAAAGGAAGCAGAAGAAACACCGUCGCCCCAUUUUAGUUUGCUAUCAAACAACUUUGUCGGAUCCCAUUGCUUGCUCGUGAGUGUAUUGAUGCGAUUGGGAAAGAUGGAGGAAGCGAGUACCGCAGCCCGGUGCGUCACGGAUAAGCUCGAGGACCUGUACGAACAAACCACGGGCAACGCGAAAAACAACACCGAUUGUUCUAUCCUUUUUGGUCUUGCUGGUGGCCUCCAGGCCUUGUGGUUCCUCCGUCGAGAACUCGGAGAUGAUUCCUUUGGAAGCGAUCUCGCUCUGACCAUGAGCUACUCGAUCCUUCUAGAGGGACUGCAGGACAACGACAACUACGGCAUGCCACUCCUCUGGGACUGGAAUCUCUGGCCCUACCUCGGUGCCGGAACUGGUGCCGUCGGGGUGUUGUACGCACUCCUUGGGCACACAGACGACGAGUGGGCGAACCUGGGGGACUGCCUCCCGAAUGCUAGGGAGAUUGUCCGAGAAAGCAUCGACGGGCUUGCUUGCCACCUGUACGAAACCACGGGAAACCUGAAGGACUCGGUCGGCGGAUUUGAGGAAUCCGAUCGAUCGGUCGGCUGGACCCACGGCGGAGCCGGAUAUUGCCUGCUCCUCCUCAAGGCCUUUGGCGUGUACGGCGACGAAAAGUACGUGCACUGGGCCGUGGAAUUUGCGGACGAGGUCCUCUGGCCGAACCGGACGCGCUGUGAGGGGCCGGGCCUCGCGAGGGGUGCCCCGGGCAUUGCCUAUGUCUUUCUGGCAAUGGCCAGGGUCGAUUUCCACAGGAGUGGAUUGUGGAAGCAACGGGCCAGAGAUGUGGCUGCCACUGUUCUCGCAGAGACCAGAUCGGUGCUAGUGCAUCCUCAAAACAACAACUAUUCGCUGUUUGACGGCAUCGGGGGCCUCGCAUCGUUGCUGAUCGAUCUCGAGGAUUUGGAAACCACUAAAACAACAACACCCUGGUGCUACUUUCCAUUCUUUGAGUCUUGCCAGGCCAACCUCUGUCGCAAAUUCGAGUACUUGACAAAAAGGGAAGACCAUCCUCGAUUGUUUUCUUUCCGCAUAGAACGCAAGAAUUCUACUUGCGACGACAAUCGCGAAGCCAAGCGAGCAUUUCUGCAGUCGAAACCUCCCGCACGCAAGACCAGCCCCGCCGCAACUUUGUCAACCACUGAAACUGCUACGACGGCUCUCACCACAUCGGUGUCCACAAACCCAUCGAGGAAUCCACAUCGCAGCGGAAACGCCAGCAAUGAUGCGUUCCAGCUUUCGACUCCCAGGAGCAUCCACGCGUCUGACCGAGCGGCCCUGGAUGUAAGCCACUUGACCAUGGACGACACCUCCAAUAUUCCUAUAGUGGUGGAAGCCGCACCGCCGCGGCCUUUUAUGGCAGCGAGUCCGCCAGGGCCCUCUAUUCCCGAAGAAGAAGACUCUCUGAUUCGCACAACCCGCAAGGUUUCCGUGGAUACACCGCCCGCAAGGCGAACCGCAAACGCAAAGCCCCCGCCUUGUUGGAACGACUGCGCGUACGACGAGGCCUUUAUGACCGACAGCGUCGAACGGAAGCAGCGCGCGGAAAAAUCCUGGAUCCAGCAUUUUGGAACAAGGGAACAAAAGCUCCAAUACAAACACUGUAGCGGAAGCACGUAUAAUGCAACAUGUAGCGGAAGCCGGAGCCGACGAAACUUCCGCCACAUGGUGGGUGGGUUUUCGAGCCUGCCAGAGAGCGGCCCACCAAAUAAAGAGACGACAGCGUGUGAAUUAUAAUUAUACUACUAGAGAACUGAUCUUUUGUACUGUAAAUAAUAAAUAAUUACAUUACUG